GCUUAUAUGGUGAAAUCUCAACUAAAGUCUGCUAUGGUGUGAAUUCUUUUUUUCAAUUUUAAAUCAGUAUCUUGUGAGGAGAAGAAAGGUAGUAAGUGGGCAAGCAUGUAGGAAUACACCUAUGCUGCUGCACUUCUUGUGCACCAACCACACCAUUUGCUUCUGCCACUACUGCAGGUACACUGCAGCUGCACUAGAUCGAGAGCAGGUGCAAAUAACAACUUGUGGUCUGUGGACAAGAGUAGCAUAGAAGCUACCUGUGUGUGACACGCAUGGCAUGAGCAGCCACAGAUAAAUCCACCCCCUCACUCAUCCAACCUCACUUCGCAGUGGAAGCGCAAGCGCGAAGCAGCCAAAGAAAAAGAGCCAUGCACGCCGCCGCGGCCACCAAGCUUCUCCUCGUGUUCGUCUUCACAUCCAUGGUGAUCAUCCCCCAUGCAUCAUCCCUACGCUUCCACUACAUCAACCAUCACAACCUCACCACCAAGACGAGCACCACCUCAUCGUCCACCUCUGCUCACCGCAGCCGCGACCGCCGCCCUUCGUUCGCGUUAGUGCGCCGCGACGCAGUCACCGGCGCGACGUACCCCUCGCCCCGCCACGCGGUGCUCGACCUGGUGUCCCGCGACAAUGCGCGCGCCGAGUACCUCGCGAGCCGCCUGUCCCCGGCGUACCAGCCGACGGACUUCUUCGGCUCGGAGUCGAAGGUGGUGUCGGGCCUCGACGAGGGCAGCGGCGAGUACUUCGUCCGCGUUGGCAUCGGCUCGCCGCCCACGGAGCAGUACCUCGUGGUGGACUCCGGCAGCGACGUCAUCUGGGUGCAGUGCAAGCCGUGCCUGGAGUGCUACGCGCAGGCCGACCCGCUCUUCGACCCCGCCUCGUCGGCGACCUUCUCCGCCGUGUCGUGCGGGUCGGCCAUCUGCCGGACGCUGCGCACCUCCGGGUGCGGCGACUCGGGCGGCUGCGAGUACGAGGUGUCCUACGGGGACGGGUCCUACACCAAGGGCACGCUCGCGCUGGAGACGCUCACGCUGGGCGGCACGGCGGUGGAGGGCGUCGCGAUCGGCUGCGGCCACCGCAACCGCGGCCUCUUCGUCGGCGCGGCGGGGCUGCUGGGCCUCGGCUGGGGCCCCAUGUCGCUGGUCGGGCAGCUCGGCGGCGCGGCCGGCGGCGCGUUCAGCUACUGCCUCGCGAGCCGCGGCGGCUCCGGCUCUGGCGCCGCCGACGCCGCCGGGUCGCUGGUGCUCGGGCGGAGCGAGGCGGUGCCGGAGGGCGCCGUGUGGGUGCCGCUCGUGCGUAACCCGCAGGCGCCGAGCUUCUACUACGUCGGCGUGUCGGGGAUCGGCGUCGGCGACGAGAGGCUGCCGCUGCAGGACGGGCUGUUCCAGCUGACCGAGGACGGCGGCGGCGGCGUGGUGAUGGACACGGGCACGGCCGUGACGCGGCUGCCGCAGGAGGCGUACGCGGCGCUGCGGGACGCGUUCGUGGGCGCCGUGGGCGCGCUCCCGCGCGCGCCGGGCGUGUCGCUGCUGGACACGUGCUACGACCUGAGCGGUUACACCAGCGUGCGCGUGCCCACCGUGUCCUUCUACUUCGACGGCGCCGCCACGCUGACGCUUCCGGCGAGGAACCUGCUGCUGGAGGUGGACGGCGGCAUAUAUUGCCUCGCGUUCGCGCCGUCGUCGUCGGGCCUGUCCAUCUUGGGGAAUAUACAGCAGGAAGGGAUCCAGAUCACCGUGGACUCGGCCAACGGAUACAUUGGUUUUGGACCCGCUACCUGCUAGAUCAAUCUGUCUAGCUAAAAGCAAGCUUACUUUGCUUUUACUUUGCCUAGUGGCGGGUACACAUGCAUGCGUUGCGUUUUAACCGUAGGCGGCAUACAGGAUGAGAAUGUAUUGGGCAGUGUAUAUACACAAGUACGGAAGUACCCCUAGUAGUACGUAAAUAGAGGUAACAGAGAGUGUGUCAAGAAGAAAAAUGUCUUUCCUUUGUGUUAGGAAAGGUCCUGAAGUUUGGCAAGAACAAACAUAUACAUAUACUCCGUAUCAUAUAUGUUGAGA